AUGCCCGCUUGCGACUUAUGUCACACGAGAAAGGUUAAAUGCGAUCGUCAGGAUCCAUGUAUGAAUUGUGUCGAUGCAAAGGCGGAAUGUCUUCGCACUCGUCAAGCUAGAGUCCAUCGUCCACGAGUUUCUCGUCUUGAUGCAUUAGCUGAGAGACUUGCCAAGUUGGAAAAGUCAAACACAGCUGAAACCGCAACAUCUGCGUCGCCUCCAUCAAGUACUGCGAAUCAUGGUGGCACCUCGACUGCGCCAUCGUCUCCGCAAUCAACUUAUUUCGAUGCAGCUAGGGCAUCUGUCAAGAGAAAAUUCUACGCGCCUGUAUCUCAUGAAAUAAGUCCCUCUGAUCAACAAGACAGAAAGCGUCGAGUCUCACAGAGUAUUCACACGCAAAGCCAUGCUGAACACCACUCUCCAGAGUCAACCCGGCACGCCAGUGAGGCGAGAGAGUACAUCGAAAAUGAGCUGCAAUGUAAUCCAGCUCUCUCUCAGGACAGACGGACUGCAUUAGAAAUGGCGCGCAGGUUUGUCGGACAACUGUCUAACCCAGGCUUGCAUCGUCAAGAAACUGUUGCCUGCGAAGAGCUGGAUGUUGAGGUUAAUCUGGCACGUCCAAAUCUCACACCAGAGCUGCUAUACAUGAUGCUACCUGGGCCUGAUAAGAAAACCAACUCGCAGGGAACGAUCGUCUGGCCAGAUCAUAUCUCUGAUAAGACCCUGGAAAGAAUGGGGUUGGCUAUCAUGGAACGCAGUGAGAGCGAACAAGUGCUUCAACUCUAUCGGAUUAGUGUGUGGAUCAAAGCCUUCUCUUGCAUUUCAAAAUUGGCACCUUUGAUAUCUAGCGAGCGCUUGAAGGCUCAUUUCAGGACAUUGAAGAAACAAUACGAGGCUGGAGCGAUUGAAGAACUCAAUUCAAUUCCGCUAACAGCUUCUCCAAGUCUACCAUUGCUCCAGGCCCUUCUAUCUGGCAAACGGUUGAUGCAGUAUCUGGGCAACAUGUCGCGUUGUUGGAUGUUCACUGCUCUGGCAUCCAAGGUCAUUAUCGCCUUGAACUAUCAUAAUAUAACUGACACCGUGCCCCGGAAUGAUGUGGAAGAAGAGAUACACGCCUGUGUAUACACAUGCUACUAUUUCGACAAAACACUCAGUCUGCUUCUCCUGCGGCCACCAUCGUUGCCUGAGCUGAAGGUAGAGCCCGCGCGAUUGAUACAUUUGGACCCUGAAAUGCCUACCACGGCGAUGAUUACUGGAAUCGUCGAAUUCGCACAUCUAAAAAAUACUUUGCCGAAUAUCCUGCUCGACACGAAAGAGAUGGGUGGUAUAGAAAAAGCUAAUGCUCUGUCUGAUCUUGUGGCUCGCGCUCAUGCAAUUCACUCUAAUCUGCAAGUGCACCGAAGCCGUCAGGAAUUGGAGUUUCCUGCCUCUUGGGGAAUCUUGAGACGCGAGUGGCUAUCUGUGGACUUCAACUACUAUUCUAUCCUGACUACCAUCAUCCGUGCACGGUCAUCAGUGCUUAAGUCUCGCUUGGUAUGCGAAGAAUGCCUUUAUGCAGCGCGUAAGGCGCUGACUACGCUUCGAGCUUUGCAAGAAGCAUUCUCCGGCCAUGCAAUGUCUAUGGAUUCAUAUCCAUAUUUCCUCACCUGGACAAUGUUACUCGUCCCCCUCUCGCCCUUCUUCGUCCUCUUCUGUAAUGUCGUUGCGACAUCAGAUCAUAGAGAUUACGAAAUGAUAAGGACAAUCACAGACGACCUACGGCAAUUCGCCAAAGCAAAUGCGUCCAUCGGCAAGCUUUGCGCAUUAUUCGCGAAGUUCCUUGAUCUAUGUGCGCCUUUGAUCAAGUCCAACCCUCCUGCCGGCGCAUCUGAGCAAUUCAACGCCUCUCAAAAUGGAAAUAUUCCUAUCGAGCGGCGAUUCCCUGGCCAGCUGAAAUCUGCCUAUCCAGAUGUGCUACAACAAGAUGUUCGUCAGGUUCACAACGCGCUUCCAAGUCCACUGCCUAGCAGCGAGACGUUUGGUGUGCCUCCGUCUGUGGAGGGGUGGGAUGAUAGUUUGAUUUGGGAGUUGUUUGAUAAUCAGCCAUCGCUGGGAUGGGCGGAUUCGGAGUUGUGGAAUGCAAUGACGCAGCUGUAG